AUGGAUAUUUUAAAAUCUCAAGAAACAAAUGAUCUGGAUGAGACCAAAGUCCAGACCAGAGUCCAGACCAGAGUCCAGACCGGAGUCCAGACCGGAGUCCAGACCAGAGACCAGACCAAAGUCCAGACCAGAGUCCAGACCGGAGUACAGACCAAAGUCCAGACCGGAGUCCAGACCAGAGUCCAGACCAGAACCGGAGUCCAGACCAGAGCCCAGACCAGAGUCCAGACCGGAGUACAGACCAAAGUCCAGACCAGAGUCCAGACCGAAGUCCAGACCGAAGUCCAGACCGGAGUCCAGACCGGAGUCCAGACCAGAGUCCAGACCAAAGUCCAGACCAAAGUCCAGACCGAAGUCCAGACCAGAGUCCGGACUAAAGUCCAGAACGGAGUCCAGACCAGAGUCCAGACCGGAGUCCAGACCAGGGUCCGGACUAAACAUGGAGAACAGCUCACGGUCAUCUGA